UUCGUGCAUUAGGUCCGCUUACAUGCGGACAGACUCAUGUAAUCUUUGUGUUACGCAAAUUCAGUGAACAGUGUAAGUGAAUUCUCAAGAUUCCCGAGAAAGACUCAUACUUCUGCAUGGUUAUUUUGGUGGCAUCGUUGGCCGUGGUUGCCUUUGCCAAGGAGGAGAAAGGCACACCGAAGGCAGUCGAAGAGAAGAAACAAGACAAAAGGGGCAUCUAUGACAUAGGAUCUUAUGGAGGACAUAAUUUCGGAGGUAGCGAUGAAGGCUACGGCGGUCAUGAAAGCUAUGGAGGGCACGAAGGUAUCAGCUUCGGUCACCAAGAAGGACACGACUUCGGAGGCGAAAGCUACAACUUAGGUGGACAUGGAGGCGGCGAGUACGGCAGCAGCGGCGGCGACUGGAAGCCAAUUGCCAGCGAAGGCGACUACCACCACGGUCAUCAUGAACACCACGAGCACAUCAAAACUGUUGAGGUGGUAAAGAAGGUGCCUGUUCCGUAUACAGUCGAGAAACACGUCCCCUAUACCGUCGAGAAGAAAGUACCCUAUGAGGUGAAAGUGCCCGUACCUCAGCCCUACACCGUUGAAAAGAAAGUUCCCUUUACCGUCAAGGAAUACGUCAAAUACCCAGUAUACGUACCUGAGCCCUACACCGUUGAAAAGAAAGUACCUUAUGAAGUCAAGGUCCACGUUGACAAGCCUUACGAAGUCAAAGUCAAAGUGCCCACUCCCUACACCGUUGAGAAGAAAAUCCCUUACGAAGUAAAAGUGCCCGUUCCCCAGCCCUACACUGUCGAGAAAAAGGUCCCAGUUCCAGUGAAAUACGAAGUUAAGGUGCCCCAACCAUACGAAGUCAUUAAGAAAGUGCCUUAUGAAGUCAAAGUACCCGUCGACAGGCCCUACAAUGUAUACGUGCCUAAACCUUACCCCGUCCAUGUUGAAAAGCCCUACCCAGUGACCGUACACAAGCCAGUGCCCUACGAAGUUAAGGUCCCCGUUGACAAGCCCUACAAGGUCGAAGUAGAGAAGCCCUACCCGGUCCCCGUUAAAGUGCCAGUACCAAAACCUUACGAAGUCAUCAAGAAAAUCCCUUACACCGUCGAGAAGAAAGUGCCUUAUGAAGUCAAAGUGCCUAUUGACAAGCCCUACCCGGUCUACAAGGAAGUUCAAGUGCCGCUCGUCAAAGAAGUACCUUACCCGGUCAAGUACCACGUCCCUAUCUACUUCAAGAAAGAGGAGGAACACCACCAACACCACCAACACCACGGAUGGCAUUGAGAUUUAUUAAAUCCGUUAGCUCACACCAGUACCUUGUAGGUUAAGUCGAAUAAAAUAAAAAAAAUGUGAUUUUUUUAGUAUUUUUAGUGUUUAUUAUCGAAAUUUGAUCGAUCACGAUUUUACGGUUGUGUUCUGUGUAUUAAUUGGUUGUUGUGAGCAUUAUUUAAUGCGAAGUUUUCUCUGGUAUACAGAUCUCGGGAGUUCGUUUCCGAGACGCGAAGUUGUGUAGUUGUAAUCUGUUAUUACUUUGUUAGCUUUUACAUGCUUGUUAUUAAUACGUAUUAGAAGUACACGUUACUUUAUUGAGGCUGAUUCGAAUAAAACAACGUG